CGUUUGCUGUGGAUCCUUGCUAUAUGCUACCAAGAGUCAUACAUCUGGAAGUCGCAUAUAGCUGAUUGUGCGUGGUCGCGCUGGACAACGCACAAGGAGGCUGAUCAUCGGCUCGUCCUGAUUGGCGAUCCGCAGUUGGUUGAUGAGAACACAUAUGCACGGCGAGGAUUAGCAUUGGCAGCGACUCAAUUCUUCACGGACCUCUACAUGAAGCGUAACUAUCGAUUGCUGCAUGCAAAGCUGAAGCCGCAAAGCACGCUUUUUACGGGUGAUUUGUUUGAUGGUGGACGUGAGUGGGCGGACGAUGCUGUCUGGAUGGCAGAGUACGAUCGCUUUCGUGGCAUCUUCCCCGAACAACCGCACAAUCGGGCAUUCUUCAAUUUACCGGGCAAUCACGACAUUGGCAUUACGGAUGGCAUGCGCCCAGCAGUCUAUGACCGUUUCAGGAAGCAUUUUGGCAACACGUCCAUCACUUUCGAUGUAGGUGCUUGGCAAGUUGUCAUGCUGGAUUCCAUCUCGCUGACUUCGAGUGAAGCAACCAUGGCGGAUAAAGCACAGGCGUUCAUGGACGGUCUUGGUAAGCCAAGCAAACCUCGUUUGCUCGUCACUCAUGUCCCGCUGUAUCGACCGCCAGACUCCGAUUGUGGACCCAUGCGCGAGUCUCAGCAGAGUAUUCUGAUUCAAGGCGGUCAUCAGUAUCAAAAUGUGUUACUACCUGACACCUCGGAUGCCAUUUGGAAAGCAGUACAGCCAUCGCUGAUUUUCGCUGGGGAUGAUCACGAUUAUUGUGACUUUGCACAUCCUCGGCCCUCUGGCCCAGUACAUGAAAUCAAUGUCAAGAGUUUCUCGUGGGCCAUGGGUAUUCAGCAUCCGGGGUUUCAACUUGUGGCCCUCAAUAAAGAAAGCUACGAAACACGUCUGUGCCUUUUGCCGGGGCAGCUGCCGUUGCUGGUCAAUUAUGCAGUUUUGCUGGCGUUGACACUUGUCUUGCUGGUGGCAAGUCAGUUCUAUCAAGGU